UAGGAGCCUGCAGAGAUGGGGGUGCUAACAAUAGCCCCCAGUGACAAUGGAGAGAUUGGGCCAAGGGUGGUGCAGUUAAAAAGGGAGACCCAAAAUCACAAGAGUCAUCCCAGUUUGUCCAUCCUGAUCCAACCGCUGUCUGAACACUCUUCAGAUACUGAUACUGACAGGAUGCCGGAACAACCGCCAGAGGUAAGAGAAGUCAUCUGUUUAUGGUUUCUGCAUUUAAAGAUUUCUAUUCUGACACCAUGUGAGCUUGUGCUCCUCCAGAGAAAACCAAAGAUCUCAGCAUCACGCAAGCUGAUGCUUAAGAGUAUGAUGGUGGCCAAAGCCAAAGAGGAGCUAGAACAGGAGGUGCUGGUGAAAGAGGAGGAGAAGCAGAAGUAUCUAUCAGAGAGAGCUCCUCCUCUCAACACCAGUGGCCUCAGUGUGGCACAGCUGCAGGAUCUGUGCAGAGAGCUUCAUUCCAAGAUUGAUGUGGUCGAUGAGGAGCGUUAUGACAUUGAGGCCAAAGUCAUGCUUAACACACGUGAGAUUAAAGACCUGAACAUCAAGGUUUUGGACCUGAGGGGGAAAUUCAAGAGGCCAAACCUGAGACGAGUCCGUGUGUCUGCCGAUGCAAUCCUCCGCUCUCUGCUGGGGUCCAAACAUAAAGUGUCUAUGGACCUCAGGGCUAACCUCAAGUCUGUCAAGAAGGAGGACACAGAGAAGAAGAGGCCAGUGGAGGACAGUGACUGGAGGAAGAACGUGGAGGCCAUGUCUGGGAUGGAGGGCAGGAAGAAGAUGUUUGAUGCGGCUAAAGGCACUGCUCAGUGAAGUGUAGUUUCACACACAAUAUUAAAUGCCACACACAGUGUCAACUUACUGAAAACAAUUAGAAAUUAUAUUAUAUUCAUAAUUAUGUUAAAGUUAAUGUCUGUCAAAUGUUUGUAAUGCUUGUGGCAGCUUUGAACACAGCUUCAACAUAACUUCAACUUUUGCUGUAAAAUAAGACACCGUGCAUAAUCACCAUGGCUGUAUUUUGUUUUAAUGUUAUGUUAUAUGUAUGCCAUCUUGCAAUUUUUUAAUAAUUAAAAAAGUUCUCCAUGGGUAAAAUAAACCAUAGUAUUGUCCUUAACAAGAUUUUUCAUUUGAAUGUGGUCUUAAAUAAUUUUGUGAUCAAUAAAAGUGCACUAGAUCAA